GCGUACCCGCACUUCCGCCCCCGGAAGGAAGGCAGGCGCGCGCUUCCUGCGGCGCGCGGUUGCGGCCCGGAAAGGUGGAUACUUUGGCAGUUACUCUGGUAUGCUGUGAAUAUUGCUGCUUUUGACAGACUUAAAUUCCAGGCAGAAGGAAAAACAUGAGAAGACCUUGAUGCGUAGCAUGUCACAAACUGCAAGGAAGCCAGGGCAGCUGGAAGUAAGGGGGUAAAAGGAGAUGAGGUAGAUCCAAGAGUCUGGAAUAUAAAGAAGUCUGAAUGUCAGCAUAGAGGAGUGGUUUAAAGCCAUGAGAUUGGAUGAAGAAAUGAGAGCAGAGAUAACAAAGAAGUCCACGAAGAUCCCUGGGCCAGUCCAGCAUUUACAGAGUAACUGUCCUCUGAUGAUUUUCAAGAAAGCUGUGCGGUGAAGUGGCAAAGUCUCCAGGAAGCAAAAUGCCAUUGCCUCUGGGGAGACUGCUCUUUUUUUCCAGUGUGGUGACCAGCGGGAGCUGUACCCUUAUAUAUUACCUUAUACAAAAAGCUUUCUCCAAGGCUUCCUAUUACCAGCUGGCAUUGGAGCAGCUGCACAGCCGCCCUGAGGCCCUGGAAGCCCUGGGCCCUCCUCUCCACAUCCACUAUCUCCACCUCACUGACAAGUACAACUUUGUGGACAUUGCUGAUGCCCAGUUGAAGAUUCCUGUCUCUGGAUCCAAGUCAGAGGGCCAUCUCUAUGUCAGCUCAUCCAGAGAUGCCCCCUUUCAGAGGUGGCACCUUCAGGAGGUCUUCUUAAAGCUCAAGGAUGGUCAGCAGAUUCCUGUGUUCAAGCACAGUGGGAACAGUGGUCAUGAAGUCAAAGAGGAGUAAAGAUGAUCAGAAAGACUGUUUGCUCCCAGCAGGGCCCUUCCUCCUCACCGCGUGCCCUCCGUGGCUGGGAGCCAGCUUCCCAGUCGCCAGGGGUGAUUGUAUGUACUGUCAUAUGGUAAUUUUGGUGUAAUUUCUAAUUUGACCACAACUAUUGUGUGGUGGUUUUUGUUUGUUUCUUUUAAUCAGAAGUGAAAAAUUUACUGCAAGUUUAUAAGAAUUUAUUUGAAAAUUCACUGUCUAAAAGCAAAGUACAGAAUAAAAGCGAUCCAUAUUAACAAAGGUG